CCUUAGCCACCACACCACCUGCUGCCCCCCUAAAAUGCUUUUAAAAGGUUGGGUUAUAGAAGCUAUUGAACUAAGAUUUAGGCGUUAAUUUCUAUGAAAUAUAAUGCCUUCUGAAAAUAUUUCUGUAGGUGGUUUUGAUGAUAAUUCUCCUCUGAGUUCAGUUGAGCGUUACGAUCCUCGAAGCAACAAGUGGGAUUAUGUGGCUGCACUUACCACUCCCAGGGGUGGAGUGGGGAUCGCGACCGUGAUGGGCAAAAUCUUCGCAGUCGGUGGUCAUAACGGCAAUGCAUACCUAAAUACAGUAGAAGCAUUUGAUCCAGUGCUGAACAGAUGGGAGCUUGUUGGAUCUGUAUCUCACUGCCGAGCCGGAGCAGGUGUAGCUGUGUGUGCCUGUUUAACUAGCCAGAUUCGAGAUGUAGGUCAUGGAUCCAAUAAUGUGGUUGACUGUAUGUGAUUCGAACUCCAGCCACCAGCAAUUUAGUCACAUCUGAUAAGCAAGCAAGACAACCAAGACUUUGAUAGGAUCACCUUUGAAAAGUUGUGACUACAACUCAAGUUUAUUUAAAUGUUAACUGUUAAAUUGUAACUAAAUAUGACUUUCUAGAAUGAUCACUGAAGAAUUAUUAAUAAUAAAGUUAAAUUUGAUAUUUCCUGCUUCACAGAUAAUGGAGUAGGGAAGGAAGACAAUCCAACUUGAAACUACACCUCCUCUGAAAAAUGCCUAAAGUCAUGUCAGACCAUAGGGGAAAAUCGUGAAUUGUAGAAAUCAAAUGUAAAAUAGAGUCAUUUGUUAAGUUUUACUUUUUCUCUUGCCCAAAUGUAUUAACCUCAGGCAGUGAAUUUUUCCUAGAGCAGAGAUUAGAACCUGUUCACCAACAUGCGGUUUUUUUUGACACAUAAGAGUGCUUCUUUUGAAUAUUAUUUCCACUUGGUGC